AUGUUCUUGGUUCAAAACAUAAAGGAUGAACAAUCACCCUUUGUUUUUCCUUCCUGCUCUCAAACUUUGGCUUAUCUUCAAUGGUGGAAAGCACAGAAAAAAAAGGCAAUAUCUAAAAGAAAAAUCUACAAAGAUCGGCCUACUAAAAUUUCGCAAUACCAAAAUACUUUGCAAAAAUUACAUAAAAACAUUAAAAUAGACAUAGAAGAAGUAAAGAAACUUAAGGAUCCAGAUAAGAUAAUUACCACGAUAACAGAUAUAUAUCCACAAUAUUUCACAGAAUUAUCUGGCAGAUCUGUGAAAGAGAAGUUUUCAUUGGAACAAUAUAUUCGAGAUGUACGAGAAAUAUUGAAAACAAGACUCCUCAUUGGUCAAGAAAAAGAUGACUGUAUCUAUAUUGAUCAACAAUUUGAACAAGAAUCACGUCGACUACAACAAAUACAGUAUCGAUGUCAACAAUAUGUAAGUGGCUUCGAGGAACUUCUGUCAAAGGAUCAUCAGAAAAGUAUGAGUCUAUUAGAGGAAGCAGAACGUGAAGUAAUAUUAACUGAAAAGAUUAGUGCUCAAAAGGAUGAGCUCGCGAAACAAUUUGGUCAGAGUAGACUGGAUGUUUAUAUCUUGGAAGAAAGUUGGAGAAUGGUAAAAAUGUGUCAAAUGUUUCUUUAUCGGAUAUCACCUGUCGCUUGGAAAAUCAAGCAUGAGUCGUUUCAAUUCGACUUAAAACAGAGCAUCGUCUCUGUCGAUACUACGGAUUUGUUUGGCAGAUAUAAAAUACUAGAUGAAGAUGUAUCUUUAGAAAACUUAAUAGAAUUAUUCGAACAGGAUAUCGCCGAUAUGGAUGCAACCGAGCUGUACUUCGAAGAUCCUUUCGAUUUAAUUCGAAUUUUAAGAGCGAUGGAAACCCAAAAUUUAAAUGCACUCAUACAUCUCGAAUCGCUCGCUGCGCCAAUGGCAGACAUGACUGUGACUAUUACUGUGACCGAAGCACGGAUCAAACGAGAAAUCAGUGAGAUUACUUCAAUGAUUAAUGAUUUGGAAAAUUCCAUCGCCAAGACAGAGACUCGAGCGGCAAAUCUCGAGGAGUACGCUAAUUAUCUUCUCCAAGAUGUUUUUCGACGUCUAGUCUGCUCUGAGGAAGUACUUUAUCUUCGUGUUUUCGUAGAAGAUACUUAUGAGAGUUGCAUAGGUCCAAACGAUGCAAAUCUCGAUAGUUUCUCGAUGAUGAAGUGGAUCGAGAGAACUUACGAAGAACUUAAUCUUCAGCUUGAUAAUUUACCUCGUGAAAUUGUUCGCAUUUGUGAACGGGAAGGAUUCCAACAAGAAAUGAAGGUUAUAAAAGAAGCAGAAGAUGCUACAAGGAAGUUCGAAUUGAUGCACCGAUUAUUAGAUGCGCUUCAGCGCAUUAUGGAUAUGCCUACGAGAAAGAAACGGCCAUUAAUUCGACGUUCAGUACCAAUCGUGACCAAAAUAAAGCCACCGUUACAGCCAUCGAAACCAACGGAUGAGGAAACUGAAUAUUGUACCUUCUUUACCGAUUAUUGUAAACGUGAUGACUUCAUUACAUAUCGCUCCAAAUUUCCAGAUGAUUUUGAUCUAACAUUUCAAAGCAAACAUAACGAUAUCGAGACAGCAACAUUGAAAGAAGAUUGAAAGAUAUUUUUAAAUCAAAAACAAAAACAGGACAAAAAGGAGAAUAAGGAAGAGGAAAGAAAAAAAUAAAAAUGCUAUCAUUGAAAACGUAACGGAAUCGGCACAUUUAUUUGAAAAAUCCUCGUGCGUAUAUAUCUGAAAGGAUCGUAUCAGUCUAACGCGCUAUGCAUUGUCAAUUACUUAGCUAGCGCUAUUAAUAUGUAUACAUAAAUAGGCGAUUUAACAAUCGAUUGAAGCACGAGAUAAAAUAUUCAGAGAUAAUAAAACACAACAAGGGGCAAGUAUAGUAUACAAUAGAAUUUGGAACGACAGUCGAUAUAAAAACAACAACCAUACUCGACACACAAUGAUCUCUUGGCUGCAAAACGCCAGUUCACGCAUUCCUUCAUUAUAAAUUUUAUAAGACUGCGAUAUGCGCUCCAUCUUAGAAUACCUUUUAUUACACGAGCUAACUUUUUUUAUAAAAUUAUUUACUAGGAAUAACAUAUAUCAAGUAUCCUAG